AUGGCAUGUAAUGGACGCAAGAAGGUCAAAGCUGUAAUUGGUGGACAACCAGGUUGGGCACCUAGUUUGUCGGCAACAAUUGUAGCCAUACGAGUCAAAUCACCAGCAGUGCAUCUGCAUUGUGAAAUAAGUACUAAAUCUUCAGGAUCCAUUGCAGUAUCUAUCUCUAAAACAGGUCCUGAGCUGAGUAGGCAACUUGAUAACUGGUUGGGACAAGCUGAAUUAAGUCAUGGACCAGCAAGAGCAAUCAUUGCACCACAUGCAGGCUAUACGUAUUGUGGUGCAUGUGCUGCAUUUGCAUAUCGGCAAGUGAGCCCAGCAGUGGUCAAACGUGUGUUCAUUUUGGGUCCAUCACAUCAUGUUCGAAUUAAUGGAUGUGCUCUAUCAUCAGCUCGAAAAUAUAAAACUCCUUUGUAUGAUCUGUUAAUCGACACAGGAAUAUAUAAGGAGUUAGAAGCAACUGGAGAAUUUGAAUGGAUGGACAUGCAAACAGAUGAAGAUGAACACAGUAUAGAAAUGCAUUUGCCUUAUAUAGCAAAAGUUAUGUCGGAUUACAAAGAUCAGUAUACUGUAAUCCCGAUAUUGGUUGGAUCUAUUCCACCUGAAAGAGAGGCAGUAUAUGGAGAAUUAUUAGCAAAAUAUUUAGCUGAUCCACAAAAUCUAUUUGUAAUUUCAAGUGACUUCUGUCAUUGGGGUCAAAGAUUUCGAUAUACUUAUUAUGACAAAUCAUUUACAAAAAUUUAUCAAUCUAUUGAAAAUCUUGAUAAACUUGGAAUGGAUAUUAUUGAAAACCUGGAUCCUGAAUCUUUCUAUUCUUACUUAAAGAAAUAUGGAAAUACUAUUUGUGGUAGACAUCCAAUAGGUGUUCUUUUGCAGGCUGUAGCAAGUUUACAAAGAUCGGGUUACAAGAUGUCUUUGAAAUUUUUACAAUAUGCCCAAAGUUCACAAUGUGUAACUAUGGCCGAUUCAAGUGUAAGCUAUGCAUCUGGAGCUUUACUUAUGGAAUAA